AAAAUCCCUAAAUCUUUGAAACAACAUCUUUUUUCCCCAAAAUCCCCAAACAAGCAACGACGGCAAGCGGUGGUGUGGCAACGACAGUUUACAGCUAGCGGUGGUGUGGCGACGACAGUUUACGCAUGUAGCAAUUUUUGCAACUUGGCUCUUUUGCUCUGCAAUACCAACUUUAUUGAUUAUUACGAGAAGGAAGAGGAAGCCUGAUCAUUCCCUGCGCAUGAUGUCCGAUGUGGUACAUAACAGGACAUCAGUAGCACCACCAUCAGAGGAGGCAUCACAUCGACCACCAUCGGAGGGGCCAUUAGUGCCACCACUAUCUGACCAGCCAUUACAGCGACCACUAUUAUUGGCACCACCAUUAGAAGAGGCAUCCCAGCGACCACCAUCAGAGACGCCAUUAGUGCCACUGCAUCGACAACCAUCAGUGGCACCACAGCAACUAUCAUCCCGACUAGAGUCAUCAUCUUAUGAGCCAUCCGCAGACCCCUCGACUUCUUCACAGCCCACCUCAGGUCAUGUUAGUUCUUCAUCAACCUCGACUAGGCGUGGUAGAGGACGUGCCAAGGGCAUUAAGGAGUGGGGUAUUGGUACAAAGUUGGACAUACAAUUUGAUGAAAAUUACUGCCCAAUAGGGGAUAACUGUCUCUAAGUUAACUACUCAACUUGGCAUUAUUCUGCGAAAUGGUAACAUUAUUCCUCUUACUUUUCUUGACUGAAACACUGUGCCUGAUGAUAUUCUUGAUGCUAUCUGGAAGGAUGUGAAGGUAAAAGUAUAUUUUUGUCCAAAAAUUCAAAUUCCAAAAUUGUGUUAUUAUUAUUUAAACUUUGAAAUUGUGUUUUAUAGAACAAUUUGAAUAUAU